UAGAAGCAAACACAUAGGCGCCGCUAGACGCCUUAGAAUCUUCUCAAGUCACCUAAUUCCCCUGCCUCCCUUGGUUCCCCUUCUCCCUCGUCUCAUCUUCAAUUCCAGGCGCCUGGAGAUACAACAACAGAUUGAAGAAAAAUUAUCUUCUCAUCGUCUACAUCUUCCCCCUUCUCCUUAAAUCUGUAGAUCUUCUCAAAUCACACUUAAUUCCCUUGCUCCCUUCUGCAUCUUCCCCUUCUCCCUCGUCUGUUCUGCAUCUUCGCCUUCUCCCUUGUCUGCAUCUUCAAUUCCAACGCUACCCUUUUCCCUCAUCUGCAUCUUCCCUUUCUCUCUCGUCUGCAUCCGUCGCUUUUGUUAUUGCAGGCUGAAGAAGCAAGAUUUGCGAGGAACACCCUUGUGAGAAACUUCACAACAACACAUUAUAGAUGGCGAAUGCGGAGGCGGAGGCCGUCGAUUUCGAGCCUGAGGAGGACGAUCUUAUGGACGAGGAUGUCGGCUAUGGCUCCCCCAACCGAGCCACCGUUCCUCGCCUGAAGUCCGCCAUCACCGGCGGCGGCUCCUCCACCGCUCCAAAGAAGACUAAGGGCCGCGGGUUUCGCGACGAGGCCGCUGCUGAAGCGGACCGAAAUGCUCGCAUGUCCGCCCCCUUCGAUUCGCUCGAUUCAGAAGGCGGUCCUGGCCCCGAACGAUCUAUUGAAGGAUGGAUUAUUCUGGUUACUGGAGUUCAUGAAGAGGCUCAAGAGGACGAUCUGCAAAACGCAUUUGGUGAUUUUGGAGAGAUAAAGAAUUUACACUUGAAUCUCGAUCGUCGUACGGGUUUUGUCAAGGGCUAUGCUCUAAUUGAAUUUGAGAAGUUUGAGGAGGCACAGAGAGCCAUAAAUGAGAUGAAUGGAACUGAACUCCUAACCCAGACCAUGAAUGUUGACUGGGCGUUCAGCAAAGGUCCAUUCAGAAGAAGGAACAUUAGGAGGAGGUAUGUGAUCUCAAAUUCUCUGCAACAACAAUAUAAGUCCCUCUGUUCUUUCUAAAUGUCUAUCUCAAAUUAUGGGUUCUUAUUACUGUUGCUCAUAGUAUAGGACUAGGAAAUAGCUGUACCAAACAUGAUAGUGCUCCCCAUGUACUUUUGGAGCCAGAGGUAAUGUGCAGAGCUUGGGAAAUACUGAUACUGGAAAUGUGCAUGUGUUACUUAUUACCUUAACAGACAAAUACAUCAUUUGGAAUGUUGUUGAGGGGGCAUGUUAAAUAUUUUAAUUAUCAGUUAGGGUUUGUAAUAAUUCAGACAUGGUGAAUCAAUGUUAGGAUACGUAACCUUGAAAAAUCUCUCCACUUUGAAUAUGUUAGAUGACACUCUUCAAGUCUAGUUUUGAGUGAUCCAUAUUAGGUUGGUAAUAAUUUUGAAUUGUCUUGUACUGGGAGUUGGAACAACCACAUUAUAAAAAGGGCAUGUAAUUGGGGAUUAAAAAGUUUACAAACCCUCUUUUCAUGUCUGGAUCCUAUCCGACUGUUACUGUUUUGUGAUUCAUCCUUUUUUAUUGAAAUCUUCUACAGAUCACCUCGGGGUCAUCGUUCCAAGAGUCCAAGGAGGAGAUUCUGAUCAUGGUGGCAUGUGAGAGUUUUUGGCACUUUGAUUUAGAGUGAAGAUACUAUUGUGAAUCUUUGUUAACUUUUAACAAUGUGUACGAUUGUUGUUUCUGUUGGCAGUUUUCGUUCAUUGACUUCAUUUCAGCUGUAUUAACGUAUUUAUGAGGCUUCUUUGGAUUGCUCUUCCUGGCUUGCUAUUUAUAUAGGUUGGUACUUUAGUUGAAGGAUGUUCCAAUGUUGUGUUCUUAUUGAUUCCGAUCAGUGUAUUCAUUGCCUUUUUGAUUGGUA